GGGGCGGGGAGGGGCGGGGCGGGUCCGGGCCGUGCUACGGGUGCCGGCGGGGCCCACAGCUCCCAGCGGCGGGCGCUUCCCGGCGCGCCCCGCGGCAGAUUGUACACAAUCAUCAUGGCCGCCGCCGCGCCAGGUGCCGAGGGCCCGGGCAUGGAGGCGGAGGCUGCGGGCUGCGGCGGGGAGGGCGGCUCUCCGGCCGCGGGGCGCUCCCCGCAGGGCGAGGGGCGCCGGCACCCCCCGGCCUCCGUCAGCAACGGCGGCGCCGCGGAGAGCGGCGAGGAGCUGGUGGAGCUGAAGGUGAUCUGGAACAAGAACAAGUACGACGUCAAGUUCCGCCUGGACGGCACCGGCGCCGACCUGAAGCAGGAGAUCCACUCGCUCACAGGCCUCCCGCCCGCCAUGCAGAAGGUGAUGUUCAAGGGGCUGCUGCCCGAGGAGAAGACGCUGCGGGAGAUCAAGGUGACGAACGGCGCCAAGAUCAUGGUGGUGGGCUCCACCAUCAACGACGUGCUGGCGGUGAACACGCCCAAGGAGGCCGCCCAGCAGGAGGUCAAGGCCGAAGAGAACAAGAAGGAGCCGCUCUGCAGGCAAAAGCAACACAGAAAAGUAUUGGAUAAAGGAAAACCCGAUGAUGUGAUGCCUUCUGUUAAAGGUGUCCAGGAGCGCCUGCCAACAGUGCCAUUAUCUGGCAUGUACAACAAAUCGGGGGGGAAAGUAAGACUGACCUUCAAACUUGAGCAAGACCAGCUAUGGAUUGGUACAAAAGAGAGAACAGAAAAGUUACCCAUGGGGUCCAUUAAAAAUGUGGUGAGUGAACCUAUUGAAGGACACGAAGAUUAUCACAUGAUGGCAUUUCAGCUGGGCCCAACAGAAGCAUCUUACUACUGGGUCUAUUGGGUACCAACUCAAUAUGUUGAUGCAAUCAAAGACACGGUGCUGGGAAAGUGGCAGUAUUUUUGAAAGCACGCUCACCUCUGGCACAGGAAAAUGACACAAAGCUAAGGACACUGCUGGGAGAGGCCUCCAACAUCCCUGGAUGUGAUAGUCCUGGAACUUUUAUUAAUAAAAUAUGAUAAACGAGGCAUUGAUGGAAGCCAGAGGUGAUGUUCUUUCACCAUUAGUUUACUUUUAACUUAAAUUUCACCAUCCCUUUUCUGCAGUCAGCUUCAACCAUAUUUAAAGCAAAUACAGUGGAAAUCAAUAAAUCUUAAUUCACAAAAUACCGUGUGUAAUACACUUAAAUCUGCUGAGAGUUGAUCUUCCAAUUUAGUUUUAAAAAGUAAAUAUUAUGAUGUAUUACUGAGGAUUUUUUACAUGGUUUGAACAAAAACAGAUAUUUUCAUAACCUUUCAGUUACAAGCAUUAAACUUAAUUUAGUUACUUGGUUGUGACUGAGGAUCUCAGAAACAGUUCUUAAAUAAUAAACUUUAAACAGUAUGCAAAGUCAAUGUUUAGUAAGCCAUAUUCUGCUGGCCCUUUUAUUUCAGGUUUGAAUCUUUGGUAGCAAAACUCUAAUUUUGUUUCCGUAAACCCAAAGAUGCCGUGCGCUCUCUCUCCCUCUCUCAGCUCUGGGUUGGUAACUCUGUGUGGCGUGUUUGGAGCAGGCGAAUACCACUGUGGGUAUUUUAUCAUCGCCGUGACCCAGUGCUGCUUACUGUCCCAUUUCGUGCCACUUUGGUGGUUUUCCUCUCACGUGCACACCUUCCUGCUCCUUUUUUUACCUCCUGCCUGGGGUGCUACGUUUUGGGAGCAUUCUCUCGAUUGUGCGUGUUGCAGUCCGGAGUCGUUUUGCAGCUGUGGGUGCGACACUCACCCGUCCAACUGGAAAAAGCAAACA